GCGCAAUCGCUGGCGCUCGGCCGUGCGGGUGGCGGGAGUGGCUGGCGCUGGGACAGGCGGCGGGGGCAGCAUGGCCGAGAGGUCGCGGACCCCCGCCGGCGCCGUGCGCUCGGUCGCUUACCCCACCGCCGCCGCCGAACUGCCGCCGCAGCUCCGGGCCGGCGCGAUGCGGCGCCGCCUCUGGGGCGUGCUCAACUGCCUGUGCGCCGGCGCCUUCGGGGCCCUGGCCGCCGCCUCCGCCAAGCUGACCUUCGGCAGCGAGGUGAGCAUGGGCUUCUGCGUCUUAGGCAUUCUUGCGAUGGGGACCACCAAUUCUCUGAUGUGGACGUUCUUUAGCCGGGGCCUCAGUUUCUCCAUGUCUUCAGCCAUUGCGUCUGUCACGGUGACGUUUUCAAACAUCCUCAGCUCGGCCUUCCUGGGCUUUGUGUUGUAUGGAGAGUACCAGGAGGUCUUGUGGUGGGGAGGAGUGUUCCUCAUCCUCUGCGGACUCACCCUGAUCCACAGGAAGCUCCCGCCGACCAGGGAGGCCCUUCCACACAAGCAGCAGUAGCAUCAGUUGACUGGAUGGACCAGCUGGAAAGACAACAAUGGCUGCUCAGGCUCAGGUGGCAUGUGGGGACUUCUUACACCCAGGCUGAUCUGGGUGUGCAGCCUUCUGAUUGUCACCCAAAGGGAGAUAGAUGCUCCCAAGGGAAGCAGGCCUCUGAGCGAGCAGCCUUGGGGGUGGACAGCUCCGGCGUCUGCAAGGGGAAGUACCCCGCAGCAGUGGCCUGCCUGGAGCGUUCUCAAUACAUCUGCACAGUACUGUGGAUUCUCACGCUCCUGGGCCCACCCAGGGAGCCUUGGCAGGUUCUGGAGACCCUGGAGUUGGUCUGCAGCCUGUAUGGACUUGAAACCAUACUGCAAUUGUAGUCCUGUUGGCCUAACAAAAGCCAGUCACAUUGCAGUCUGUGACUGGUGGGGCUUUCUGGCAACUUCACGCUGAUGUGUCAGGCCAUCUGUGCCCUGCUGUUGUAUUAUGGCAAGAGAAGGAGAACUGGAUUAAUAAAUACUUUAUUCUAAGUUAAAA